UCUUUUGUACUACAAUAAUUUUACUACGUUGUACUGCAAAAUUCUGAAGAGUACCGUAACAACCUACUACUAUUGCUAACAAACUAUUUAAGUGGAAAAUUGAGGCCAGACAGUUCUGUUUCAGACUUUCCAAAUCUCGAAGUAGAAAAGAAAAGAAGAAAAACACUCGAAUGAUGGCCGGAAUGAACGAUGGUAGCCAUAUGCAUGGGGUGGGAGCUAUGAACAACGGCACCGGAGGAGGAGGAGGAGGAGGGAUGUCGAUGAUGCCCCAUCGGCAUAUGAUGAUGCACAUGACUUUCUUCUGGGGGAAAAAUGCUGAGAUCCUCUUUUCGGGUUGGCCGGGAUACGACAAUUUGGGCAUGUACGUCUUAGCCCUUGUGAUUGUUUUCGUUCUUACUGUGGUGGUUGAGUGGCUCUCCGCCUGCAAAUUCAUCAAAGAAAGUUCUAACAACAACGUCGCCGCCGGGCUGGUUCAGACGCUGAUGUACGGAAUCAGGAUUGGGCUGGCUUAUAUGGUGAUGUUGGCAGUGAUGAGUUUUAAUGCAGGUGUGUUUCUUGUGGCUGUUGCCGGUCACGCUUUAGGGUUUUUCUUUUUCGGGAGCAGGGCAUUUAAUCCGUCAUCCGGGACUGGCAAGACGUCCGAUCUUCCUCCCUUGAGUUGCUGAGGAUUUCAUGUUUUCGGAAGGAUGAGACGAGUGAGUGUGUGUGUGUGUGUGUGUGUGUGUUUUUUUUCCAAGAAUGAUAUGAUAAUUACAGUAGCAGUCAUAUUUUGAACUCUGAAUUAUUUUUUUUUUUUAAAGUCAAAUUUGUUUUGAAGUUAAUCGCACGUCACGGUUGUAACACUGAUUGCAAUCCAAUUCCAUUUUCUAGAUAAACCAAUUGA